AAACAGUACACUUCCCCCCUCUGUUCUCUCUUCUCUACCCCAUUAAUACCAAAAAAAUUUGCUUCCCCAAUUUUAGCUAAAGAAAAAGUACCAAUUAUUGAUCAUUUUCAGAAAAAAACAAAACUAGCUAUACCAGUACUCUUCCAAUUUUUUCUAGUAUUGUUCAAACAUACGAAUAUUUCUUCACUUUCCUUUUUUUUAAUUUUGUUACUCUGACGAUGAACAGUAACAAACUCAAUAAAGCGACCGAUCUAGAAUAAGGAAGAUAAAGAUCGAUCCUAAAGACGUAUUUAUGGCUUCUUUUACGGAAUUAGUGGAGAGUUCGAAUCAUCAUCAUCACGAGAAAAUCAACAUCGAAACAGUUAACAACAUCGAGAUAACUUCUUCUUCUUCAUCUGCUGCUGCACCAGCGGCACCAGCUAGCUCAAGUAGCAGAUAUGAAAAUCAGAAGCGGCGGGAUUGGAACACGUUCGGUCAGUACCUGAGAAACCACAGGCCUCCACUCACGCUCUCUAGAUGCAGUGGUGCUCACGUCCUUGAAUUCCUUCGUUACCUUGAUCAAUUCGGCAAGACUAAAGUUCAUACUCCGAUGUGUCCGUUUUAUGGGCAUCCGAAUCCGCCAGCACCGUGUCCGUGUCCGCUAAAGCAAGCUUGGGGGAGCCUUGACGCAUUGGUAGGACGACUUAGAGCGGCUUAUGAAGAAAAUGGAGGGAAGCCGGAGAUGAACCCUUUUGGUGCUCGUGCUGUUAGGCUUUAUCUUCGCGAGGUUCGUGAUUUACAGUCCAAAGCGAGGGGAGUUAGUUACGAGAAGAAGAAAAAACGGAAACGCCCUCCUCCUCCACCACCACCGCAACAGUUGUCCACGUCAGUACAACUGCCACUGUCAUCGCCACCACUAUCAGGUAAAGGUGCAUUACCAUUUGAGUUCUGACGAUUCAGCAGCUAUACCUUCAGGCCGCGCAAAACCAUGGGAUUAAUUUGAGGUUCAAAUAGUGACAAAAUCAAAAAUUUUAAUAAAUUAAACUUGUGCAGUGCUAUAUUGGGCUUUUUACUUUGUUCUAUAUAUACUUUAUUUCAAA